AACACAUUAAGUCGUAAGUAGCAUUGGAAGGCAAACUUUUAACGGCAAACGUUUAGUUGGUGAUUGCCAAGCCGCUGUAGCGAUGGCGGAUCUCCUAUUCAAUGUUCGAAAUGCCUUUUAUCUAGGAGCUUACAAUACAGUGAUCAACGAGGCAGCUGACCUGGACUUGUCAGAAGCUGAGGCGAUUGAGCGUGACUGCUUCGUUUACCGUUCCUACAUCGCGCAGGGCAGCUACGAUUUGGUGAUCAAUGAAAUUCGAGAUUCAGCUGCCACCGGACUUCUUGCGGUGAAACUCUUGGCGCAGUACUUAUCGGGGCGCAAGUCGAAGGAGGAUGUCUUGGCAACUCUUCAAGACUGGCUGUCAGAUUCAGCUUGCAACAGGAACACGACCGUGUUGCUGGUAGCGGGAAUGAUCCACGCGCAGGAGGGGAAUUACCCGGAGGCGCUCAAAUGCUGUCAUGGAAGCACAAACCUUGAGCUGCAAGCCCUCUGCGUCCAGGUGUACCUGAAGAUGGACCGGCCAGAUAAGGCGGAGCUGCAGGUCAAGACCAUGUCCGGUAUCGACGAUGAUGCAACCCUGACGCAGCUGGCUACCGCGUGGGUUGGCCAGGCGCUGGGCGGUGCCAAGGUCCAGGAGGCUGCUUACGUAUACCAGGAGCUGGGCGAGAAGUAUAACUAUACGGCCGCCCUGUACAAUGGCCGCGCGGUGUGCUAUAUGAAGAUGGGGCGCUGGGAGGAUGCGGAUCACGAUCUACAGGAGGCGUUCUCCAAGGACUCCAAGGACCCGGAUACGCUGUCCAAUCUAAUUACUGUUGGGCUGCACCUAGGCAAGAACGUCGCACGCUACCAGACGCAGCUCAAGAUGGUAGCAGCCAAUCACCCCAACGUCAAACGACUUGAGGCUGCGGAUGAGGCGUUCACACGGGCGGCAGCGUCCAUCGCGUAAUGUGCUUGUGCUUCCGAUAUUAGCGCUGGCAUGAGCGGCGCUGAUAUCAACACGACUGACGUCUGAGUUGUCGAUCUGCUGCUGUGUGUCUGAGAGCGACAUGUAGCGGUGUUUAUUGGCAACGUCUUUACAUGUGUGGAUAGUCGACUCCGCAGUAAUACUGUUGUGCAUACUAACUGUUAACUACUUCAUACCUGAAACCAUUUAUCGGUGUCUGUAAUAUUGCAUAGGAACG